CGUUUUAUUAUUUGCAAAAAUCCUUACUUAAGAUUAUUUUACCAUAGUUCAUACAUGCUCGCUUUUACCUAACUCAUGUUUUUUAACGUCAAAAGCUUUCUUUAAAAUUCGCAUCCUAAAACGACCUGAGUUGUACAAAAACAAGUAGCUAGAGGCUUACGAAAUCACUGGUAAAAUUUCCAACUGAGAAAUCUGUUUUCAAGUUAAUUAUGGCAAAACAUCAUCCUGAUCUCAUAUUUUGUCGUAAGCAGGCUGGAGUUGCCAUUGGAAGAUUAUGUGAGAAAUGUGAUGGGAAAUGUGUUAUCUGUGACUCUUAUGUUAGACCAUGCACUUUAGUCAGAAUUUGUGAUGAAUGUAAUUAUGGAUCUUAUCAAGGUCGAUGUGUUAUUUGUGGAGGUCCAGGCGUGUCUGAUGCUUACUAUUGCAAAGAAUGUACUAUUCAGGAGAAAGAUCGUGAUGGAUGUCCAAAAAUUGUGAACUUGGGUAGUUCCAAGACUGAUCUGUUUUAUGAAAGAAAAAAAUAUGGUUUUAAGAAGAGGUGACCCCCCUCAUCUCUUUCGAAUCGACAUGCUUGGACUUUCAUAUGAAUAAAUUUCAUGUAUUUUGAAUCUUUGCAUUCUUCACUAUCUGUAUUGUAAUCAUUUUAAUAAAGCAAAUUUUUUUUCAGCUA